AUGGAUCAGGCAAAGUUGGCUCGGAUGCAGGCUAGCGUGCGGAUUGGUAUAGGCAAGGGCACUCCCCGCCGCAAGGUCAAGAAGGUCCACAAGUCGUCCGGUGCCGACGACAAGAAGCUGCAGGCCACGCUCAAGAAGAUGAACGUGCAGCCGAUCCAGGCCAUCGAGGAGGUGAACAUGUUCAAGGAGGAUGGCAACGUCAUCCACUUUGGUGCUCCCAAGGUCCACGCCGCCGUCCCCUCCAACACCUUCGCCCUCUACGGCCACGGCGAGGAGAAGGAACUCACCGAGCUGGUCCCCGGCAUCCUGAACCAGCUGGGCCCCGACAGCCUGGCCUCGCUCCGCAAGCUGGCCGAGAGCUACCAGAACAUGCAGAAGAGCCAGGCCGGCGCCGAGGGCAAGAAGGACGAGGAUGAUGACGAUAUCCCGGAUCUGGUCGAGGGUGAGAACUUUGAGAACAAUGUUGAGUAA